AGGACGAAGGGAAUCAUUACGGCAUUUGAUUUCGUAGCAACACAAGCUCGUCUUAGAACAAAACCGAAGAAAAUAAAGUAGAAAGUAGUAGUUGAAAAUCAGUGCAAAGUCAAUCUAAUCAAAAGCGAGAAAGAAGUUGUAUUAGUUAAAAUUUUUAAAACGCAAAAACGCACACCCAAAUAAAUUUCGCAUAAAAAUGGCAAGUGUUUGCAUGCCACAAACGGGUUACCAGCAACAUCAACAACAACACCAUUUUCAAAUGUUGAACGGCAACAUAAUGUUGCUACAAAAGGCGCAACACCAACAACAGCAGCUGCAACAACAAAACCUCCACACCGCCGCCUAUCAGCACAAGAAGCACCAGACCAUUGCACCCGCACCAAAAGUUUUGGGCAACAGCAAUCUUCACAACAUCCAAGUGGGUGCCGCAGGUGGUGUUGGUGGUGGCAUGUUGCCGCGCAAGAAGUACACCUACAUGAAUGUGCCGUACGGCGAGCAGCUGCCAUCGGUGGCACGUCGCAAUGCGCGCGAACGCAACCGUGUCAAGCAGGUGAACAACGGCUUUGCCAACUUGCGUCAGCAUCUGCCACAAACGGUGAUCAAUACGUUGUCGCAUGGUGGACGCGGCACCAGCAAGAAGCUCUCCAAGGUGGAUACGCUACGCAUCGCUGUCGAGUAUAUACGCGGUCUGCAGGAUAUGCUCGAUGAGUCGCAGCCAGCCGAAAGUAAAUUUCAUGCCGGCACACUCUGCGAUGAGUCCAGCAACGAUGGCAGCAACUAUGGUUACUCCUCGAUGGGNAGUCCCAGUGAAGCCGCCUACAAUCAGCUGCAACAAUCCUAUCACUCAGAGGCUUCAGUUUCACCGGCGCCUAGUUUCAGUGGCGAUUCGGAUAUUUCGAUUGGUGGCGUCAAUUAUUUGCAACCAGUGAAACUCGAACACCAGCAGCUGCAGCAGCAGCAGCACCAACAGCCUGCUCAGACGCACUUCAAGUUUGAAUCCUUUGACGAGUUUGCGCAUUUGUCACCUGCAGAUGAGCAGCCCGACGAUGAGGAACUGUUGGACUAUAUCUCUUCAUGGCAAGAGCAGUAAGCCAAGGCGGCGCAAUCAGUGACUGAAACAACCUGCGCAGUGAAAAAUUGCCUUCGAA